AAAUAUUCAUCAUUUAAAGCAAACAUCACUUGAAUUGUGUUUUCAUUGAAACACUGCUUUCACUUCAAUGUCUUCAGUGCUCUUCAGAUGCCAUCAAAUGCUGUCAAACGGCGGCCAAUGUUUUAGACACGUGUCUCACACGAGACACAUGUCUUUCAAGUGCUUUAAUAGGGGUUUCAUGAAGAAAGUGAUGACAACUGACCACUCGGUCGACACUCCGACCAUCAAAUCACUUAUCAAACCAUUGGUCUUCACAGUUGGGUUUAGUGGAUCUGUAUAUACAGCGUGUAUUAUCUGGAACUACGAGAACUCAAGACAUGCAUUGAAUCACUGGAAUGAAUGGAAACAAAACUUAUAUCCAUUACAAGACAUUAACAAAACUAGAAAAGCAGGACCUCUUAGGAAUGAAAUAAACGAGUGGUGGAACUCGAGAACCACUGGUUUUAAAGUAUUCUCAGCCAUCGCUGCCAUCAAUGUAUUGGUAUUCAUUGGUUGGCGGAUCCCAAGACUUCAACCCUUGAUGUCUAAACACUUUACAACUUAUACGACUCAUAAGUCACUGAAGUGUUGGCCGAUGUUAUGGUCGACAUUCUCGCACUACUCUGUCACUCAUCUGGUCUUCAAUCUAAUAGUUCUUCACUCCUUCACCCAAAUCGGUGUCAAUUUGUUCGGAACCGAACAGUUUGUGUCACUCUAUCUUAGCUCCGGAGUAAUCGCUUCAUUUGGAAGUUAUUUAGCAAAAGUGGUCACUAAAAGGGGCGGCGCCUCUCUGGGAGCUUCUGGAGCCAUUCUGGGAAUCCUGUCGUCGUGUUGUAUCGCAAGACCUGAUCUGCAAUUAGUGAUUAUAUUUCUGCCAUUCUUCACAAUAUCUGCGGGAAUGGCUUUGAAGGGCAUUAUACUACUGGACAGUGCGGGCCUUGUAUUUGGUUGGCGUAUGUUUGACCAUGGUGCUCACCUGGCUGGCACUCUAUUUGGCAUUGGGACUUACACUUUACACUUUACACAGGAGUUUUCACUAUACAUAAAAGCUAUAGGUGCUCUAAUUCAGUAG